UUAUUGGACGUUUCACAAAUUUUGGCUCCAUAAGUCAUUUAUGGCAUAUGUUCAAAGGUUGUUGUAUCUUUGCAUCCUCAAAGUCCUCUCAAGAGUUGUAUCAAACCUACCAAAACCAGAAGCAGGGAUCAGGUGCUGCCAUUAUCUGAUGGUUCCGCACAUUGCCUUACCAAAACAUAUAGAGUCAUCAUAGAGAGGAGAUUAUCUUUGUCUCUAAGCAGAUACAAGAGCAGAGAGAAAACAGUAAAGCAUACCCAGUACUAGAGAAGGCAUCUCUUUAAUUGGCUCAUUCUCUGGAUCCAUCCGAUAAGGAAAAUGGAGAAGUUACAAUCUAUCAUUCAUCACAGCCAAAAUAGAGAGCACCCUCGCCAUUAACAAUCACAUCUUGGAAACAUUCAAGGCAAGUUAUGAGGCACUCGACACCACAUGGAGCAGUAUCAAGUAUGCACGGAUUCCCAUCAAUCAAUGCAUAAAAAGUCACCUAUGCUACCGGAUUCAGCAGCCUGUUGACGCCUUGGAUCCAUAGAGAGUGAGCACUCAGUAAAGAUCAGACAGAACUAACACUACUACUCACUUCUAAGUCAUGGAUGGAUGGGUUAUAGGUCUUAAAGGCUAAAGUGAGUUGCUUUCAAAUCUCAUAUUCCUUCUUCCCUAUCCUCUCUAAUUCUCCUCUUUUUUUUUUAUAAGAAACAAUACUUUUCUUUUUUGGACAUAUCCCAAAAAGAUUAGACUAGUCGUCGUCUUUUUUAUACAUCACAAUCCCAUACCAAACCUCUCUUCAUCUUUUGUUAUUUUAUCAUUCAACACAAAACUCCAAAAGAAAAAAAAAACAAAAUGUUGUCGAAGGUUCCUCAAAAACAACACUUGCAGCUCUCCCCUUCCUCCUCCUCCAUGGAAAUGGUCCGGUGUUCACGUGGCAGACCUCGAGGUUCGAAGAACAAACCUAAAGCACCAAUCUUUGUCACCUCCGAGCCUCCUAUGAGUCCUUACAUCCUCCAAGUACCCUCUGGUGUCGACGUCGUUGAAGCCAUUAACCGCUUCUGCCGCCAAAAAGGCAUCGGCUUUUGCGUCCUCAGUGGCUCAGGCUCCGUCACUGACGUCACUUUGCGUCAGCCUUCUCCGGCAGCUCCAGGCUCAACCAUUACUUUCCACGGAAAGUUCGAUCUCCUCUCCAUCUCCGCCACUUUCUUUCCGCCUAGUACCUCCUUGUCCCCUCCUCCUGUCUCCAAUUUCUUCACCGUCUCUCUUGCCGGACCUCAGGGACAGGUCAUUGGUGGAUUCGUCGCUGGUCCCCUCGUUUCCGCCGGAACUUUCUACGUCGUCGCCGCUAGUUUCAGUAACCCUUCGUAUCACCGGAUACCCGCGGCGGAGGAAGAGCUCGAAAACAACGCUGUGUCGGGGGAAGGGGAGGGCCAAUCACCUCCGGUAUCUGGACAAGUGGCGGAGGGAAGUGGAGGAGAGUCGAUGUACAGUUGUCAGAUGGGUGGCUCUGAUGUACACGCCAAAGCUCCACCGCCGUAUUGACCAAAUCCAUCUCUUUCCUAACUAGGGUUUCUUCUUCUUUAGAUCAUCAUCAUCAAGAAUCAACUUAAAGUUUGCAUUUUUAUUAAUCUUCUUAGAUUUUUAAAUCAAGCUCCACUCUUCUUCUUUAGAUUUAUCCACACUCUGCAGUGUCAAAGCUUCACAUAUUGGUUUGAUUUGACUAAUAUUUGUAUGCUCCCCCAAGUUACAAACUUUUGUCUCUGAUGAUUGUUUAUUUUUCAAUUUUAUAAUCUUCUUGCA